AUGGAUGCAGAGAGGGAAGCCCUACAGAGCACCUCCUACCCCGUAGUACAGACCUUCUGCCAGAAGCACGGCCUCAUGUCCGAGGUAAUUGCCCGACUGUGGUGUAUUCGGAACACUGAGGCCACCAACCACAUGACCACAGAACUCUGCUUGGAGGAGCUUGGCUGGUGUCAGAAAACAUCCAUAGGGCCAGCUUUUGUUGCCCUCGUAGGUGACCAGUACGGCCCCCGUCCCGUCCUCUCGCUGAUCGAGGAAAAGGAAUGGGAGGCGCUGAAAGCUCAGCUGAGAGCCAGGCCACGUGACCUGGAGCUGGUGGCACGACGCUUCCGGACAGAUGAGAACGCCGUGCCCCCCACCUACCUGCUGCAGACCCUGGGCAGCGGGGAGGCCCGUGGGCCCAAGGAGGCCACCCUGACCUCUGCACUGCGCUCUGGAGCCCAGGAGGCCCGCAGGCUGGGCCUCAUCACCCAGGAGAAGUGGCACUGCUACCACCGGCCAGUCAUCGAGGGGGAAAUAGAACGGGGCCUGCUGAGCUCAACAGACUGGGACCAGGGGGCGACCGUCUUCCUGAGAGAUAUCCAAGACCUCAACAAACACAUCCUGGAGAUCUGCGCCCUCAAGAUGGUGGAACAGCUUGCAGCCUGUUGCCUGAACAAAGAUGCCCAGAACCUUCUCAGCAACCUCAAGGAGAGCAUCACUGACACACAGCCCGGAGUUCUCAAGGCCCACCACCUGGCAUGGAGCCGAGACCUGGUGGAACCCCCAAACAAGGCUCAUGGACGGUACCCAAAGGAGCUGGGAGAGCAGUCUGUGGCCAGGACUAACCAUCAGGUCCUCGAGUGCCUCCAGAAACUGGAGGCAGGCAGGCGGGAGUUGGCAUGGCUCUAUCAGGAGAUCUGCCACCAGCGGCUCAGUGCCGAGGCCCCACGGACCUUCUGUGGCCGCCAGGAGCUCCUAACCCAGCUGGGGCAGCAGCUCCAGCAGAGCGACGGCCACCCCCACCCACCCCUGGUGCUUUUUGGACCCCCGGGCAUCGGAAAGACUGCUCUGAUGUGCAAGUUGGCUGAGCAAAUGCCAGGGCUGCUUGGCCACAAGACAGUGACCGUUCUGCGGCUCCUGGGGACGUUACAGAUGAGCUCCGACGCCCGAGGCCUGCUCCAGAGCAUCUGCUUCCAGGUGCGCCUGGCCUACGGGCUACCCCUGCCCCCUGCCCAGGUCUUGGAGGCCCAUACCAGGGUGGUCCAGCUUUUCCACACCCUCCUCCACACCGUCUCCUGCCGAAACAUUGAGUCCCUCGUGAUCCUGCUGGAUUUGGUGGAUGAGGUGGACGCUGUCCACCAUGCUCAGAGGGUCCCCUGGCCGCCUCCCAAGUGCCCCCCAAGGGUCCACCUCAUCCUCUCGGUCUGCUCAGGACAGCGGGGGGUUUUCGACACGAUGCGGCAGCUGCUCACGGACCCAGGUGCUUACUGGGAGGUGAAACCCCUCUCUGGAAACCAAGGGCAAGAGAUGGUUCAGCUCCUGCUGGCCGCCUCGAGGAGGACGCUGAGCCUGAUGCAGAAGGACCUGCUCUGGACCAGCCUCCCGGAGUGUGGGCACCCGGGGCGGCUGAGGCUGGCCUUCGAGGAGGCCCGGAAAUGGGCCUCCUUCACCGUGCUGGCCCCUCUGGCCUCCACCGCUAAGGAAGUGAUGUACCAGCUGUGUGCCCCCCUGGAGCAGACACAUGGGCAGCUCCUGGUGGCCCAAGUGCUGGGCUACAUUGUGUCUUCCUGGUUCCCCGUGGGAGAGGUGAGGUGUGUGAAGGUGUUUGUCAAAGGAUCGCUUGCCAUCUCUAUCUCGAAGGAUCACACCGUCUUGUGGAACUUACUCUCUGGCCAGGAGAAAUUCACCAUUUGGGGUGGAGGCUUAAAAGAUCCCACUGAACCUCAGAUCUCGAGCCUUCAUGUGGAUGAAGCAAAGAAGUUUGUGUAUUCAGCAUCUAGCUCAAAAGUCAGUGCUUGGAAUCUGGAAACUGAAGAGCUGAUUUUCCGUAUCCUGGGGGAUGCCUCUGACCCCUGUGUGGCUUCCAUGGUCACGCUGCUGACAGUGUCGCAGGGUUGCGUGGUCAGUCUGCGGAGUUCAGCCACAGGAACACUGCAAAGGAAGCAACAUUUGUCCAGCAUCAAAGAAGAAACAAUUACCUGUGGGGUCUCAGUCCAGAAACAAAGAAAGAUGGUGACUGGGUCCAGCAAGAGCUCCAUCUCUUUGGUAAGCAACUUGACUGAAUAG